AGCUGCAAGCUCGUGGUUUAGCGGAAAUUUGUAUGAUAUUCUCCAGAUUGCAGAACUAAAGCAAUGGACCAGGAGCCAUCUACGUGGAUAAAAAAAGAGGAAACGGACGAAGUAAAAACACAGUUACGCUUCAUGGCCAAGAAAAUUUUCCAGUACUCAGUUUUGCCAAUCAGUGGCAACAUCUGCCCAGUGGGAGCGUGACAUUGGGAGGAUGGAUGCAAAUGAGGCAGUUCACAGGUCUUGUGGAACUCCAAAUACCACAGAUUAUCUAAAUGAGAAACUGAACUACCAGAGCUGAGGAGUGUGUACACUGGUUCCUGGAUAAGUUACACCCAAAGGCCCAAGUUUACCCAUUCAGCAUGAAUGUAAAAGAAGAGUUGGAGGAGGGUGUGAAUAAAGAGUCCAUUGAAGAUCCACUGGGAAUAUCAUGGUCCACUGAUUUUAUCAAGGAGGACCCUGAAUUAAAUUUGGAACCAAGUGUAACUGAGAAUAUUGUGGAAACCUCAACAAGAUACACAUCUGAUAGUGCAAGAUUGACUCAGUGUACUGGUGGGAGCAGUGGCAUAUCAUGUGAAGAAACUUGUCACCAUAGACUGGUCCAGGAUGAGUUGAUGAUAGACAUGAAGUCAACACAAGAGUUUGGUACCAAUACAGAAGAUACGGCUGUUGAUAAGAACUGCUCAGUUGCCACGCGAUAUAACUGUAGUAUGUGGGAAAAGGAAUUACAUGUAUAUAGCUGUAAUUUCUGCCACCAGAGCUUUCCUUCAAAAUACAGAUUCAUAAAGCAUGUGUUUAUGCACAUUGAUGGCAUGGAACCACCUUCGUAUGUUUGUAAGUGGUGUGGUGAAGUAUUUCACAGUAAUGUUAGUUUGAAAAAACAUUUGAGAAUGAGUGAGAACUACCAUUUCUCAACUGCAGGCAACCAUGAAAAAUAUGGCUAUAGUGAUGAGCAUCAAAGCACUAGCUUCUCGGAUAGUGAGCCAGACGUUUCUGUCUCAGAACUCAAGCUGAAUUCAUACAAGGAAACGUGGAAAGCUGCAAACAAGUCUGCUAAUGACAAAGGUAACACAAUUAUGACAAAUGAUACAGAGGAAACCAAUCAUUAUGGAACUUUAUCUACAACUGUUAAUGUCAGUUUCCAGGGUAAUCUACUUACUGCAAACAGAACCCACAAAUGUGAUAUUUGUGGCAAAUCUUUUGCUCGUGCAGGCAAUCUCAAGAAACAUGGAUUAAUUCACACUGGAAAGAAACGUCACAAAUGUGAGAUUUGUGACAAAUCGUUUACCCAGUCAAAUAAUCUCAAGACACACACAUUAAUUCACAGUGGAAAGAAACCCCACAAAUGCGAUAUUUGUGGGAAAUCUUUUGCGCUGUCAACUUAUCUCAAGAGACACGCAUUUAUUCACACUGGAAAGAAACCUCACAAAUGUGAGAUUUGUGACAAAUCGUUUACCGAUUCAGCUAAUCUCAACACACAUACAUUAAUUCACACUGGAGAAAAACCUCAUAAAUGUGAGAUUUGUGACAAAUCGUUUACCCAGUCAGCUAAUCUCAAGACACACACAUUAAUUCACAGUGGAAAGAAACCCCACAAAUGCGAUAUUUGUGGGAAAUCUUUUGCGCUGUCAACUUAUCUCAAGCAACACGCAUUUAUUCACACUGGAAAGAAACCUCACAAAUGUGAGAUUUGUGGGAAAUCUUUUGCUUUCUCAAGAGAUCUCAAGAGACAUUUAUUAAUUCACACUGGAAAGAAACUUAACAAAUGUGACAUUUAUGGGUAUUCUUUGGCUUUCUCAAGCGUUCUUAAGAAACUUCACACUGGAGGGAAACCUCGUAUUUGUGGGAAAUCUCAAGACACGCACAUUAAUUCACAAAUGUGAAAUUUUUGACAAAUCGUUUGCCCAGUCUGGUUAUCUCAAGAAACAUACAUUAAUUCACAGUGGACAGAAACAUCACAAAUUUGACAUUUGUGGGAAAUCUUUUGUUAGGGCAGGCUAUCACAAGUAGUGAUGGGGAUCUCGUGAAUGAGUCGUUCAAAUGAACGCUUCACUACAGUGAAGUGUGAACUAACCACUCAAUUUCAAUGAAUUGGUACUUCAAACUCUUCACAGAUAACACACUCCACACUUUCUUCAAGUUCACUCACUCUCUUCCCCUCUCCCUCAUCCCAUUACAUCGGCGUUACGUCACUCAUUCUCCCUUCACUUCAGUCCCCCCCUCUACUGCCUGUCGAUGAAUCGCGCGGCGUUUGUGGGAAACGAUAGGUUUUGGGAUUGUGGAGGUGAGGGGCAGGGAGAAGGCAGCGUCAGCUGUGUGAGCACACACAGCCAACAUGAAAACAAAAGUUGUGUUAAUAACACUGAAAGACGGAUUUUACCUGAAAUCGUACCAAUUACUACAGAUGACAGUUUACGUUUUGAAUUUGGGGGGUUAUAUUAUUCUCAACAAAAUAAAAUCUACAGGAAAACUUCUGAAUAAUUACUUAACGUAGAUAUAUAGACUUUGUGACAGUGGUAAACAUACUCUAUUUUGUAAUCAAAAUAUCCACGGGUGUACUGCCGGUCUACAGUGUCCAACGGGCACUGUAGACCGGCAGUACACCCGUGGAUAUUUUGAUUAUCAAAUACGCCGGGAGAAACUUGAGAAUCAUAUACUCUAGUUUGGAUUAAAUUUUAAAAGGAACAUGAAAUUGGACUGCAUUUUGUUGGUAGCCCUAGUUUUUCAGUCCAUGAAUACAACAAAUAAUGUUUCACUUGGCUGAUAAAGACUUUUUCGGGCGUUUCAUGAGAAAAUGUCGAGCAAGAUUAAAUGUAAUACCUUCUUUUAUGUGACAGGCUUCUCUGUUUAUCUUUCCUUUGUCCCCUUCGACCACACUCUAUUUAAGUUAGCUCAGACGCUGUCAGAGCGUAAAACGUUGUGUGCACGUGACUGCAUAGUUGGCCAUCUGUUGGUAAAAUUAUGAAGUAUUACGAACCUUUAUUGUACGAGCGAGGCGAAGCGAGCGUAGCGGCGAACUGGGCAACUUCGCCAGGCUUCCGUACUUUACGAAUGAACUACUUCAUUUGAACGCUUCACGGCAAAGAGUGAAAUGAAUGAAGUAGUUCACGGGAAUCAACAAGUUCGACCCAUCUCUAAUCACAAGACACAUCAUUCAUACACACUGGGAAAAGACCUCACAAAAGUGAUGAAGUGUUCAUUCUUAGAUCAGCUGAUUUCAAGACAGAUGCAUUAGAAUACAUUGAAAGGGGACCUCACAAAUGUGAUAUCUGUGACUAAAGUUUCACUCAGUUGGGCACUCUCAAGAGAUAUGCAUUACUUCACAUCAGAAAGAAACUACAAGCAAGUGGUAGUUUAUGUAAAUAGGUUUUCCUGGUUGGUGCCCUCAAGGCCUGUAAAAUAAUGGAUGAAGCAAGGGGUCAAUAAAUUAUAAUGCCUGUGAAAUAACAUAAAAAUCUAUAAUUGUGAAACAAUGUGUACUAUAGAUUGGUAACAGAUAAUGUGAUAAUAUAAAAAUCAAUAUCUACAGCUUGGGACAUCAAGAAAUUGUAUUACUUAAUACUCCAGAAACGGGACUCAAAUGUAUAUUUGUCAUCAACACUGCUGUUCUUUUCCUAUCAGUCUCGAGACAGGAAGAUUGUGUAUUGUGAUAAAACCAUGUGUGUGUCAGUAAUCAUAGGUACCAUGCAAUAUUCAGGCCAAGGAUGUGUGAUGACUUGCAUAGUCAUCAUGUAUUACUUGUAUUUUAGAAACAGUGACAGUAGAAAUAUAUUAAUGGCACUUCCUUCAUUCACGCUAAUACACUCAACACUGGAGAAACAUGGUUAUAACAAUUAUUUCACUCAGAUAUGUUUUCUCAAGAGAUGUCAUUAAUAGUAUGUACAUUUAUGUUCUGUUAGUACUAAUCCUGUAUCAGUAAACGUAAAAACAAAUAUAGCAACGUGCUUAAUAGCAUGUUUGACCACCUUUGGAACACAAUACUUCGACAGUUCUACAUGAUAUGGACUUAACAUGUCAUUUAUGUGUUUCGGGAUGUAUGUUAUACCAUUUGCAUUCCACAUGUUCAGAUCAGCUACAUGGUGUGGUCAAGAUGUGUUAGGUACCAUGCUACUCAGACCACUGUGGAGUCAUUCUGCACAUGUGACAUGGACAGUUAUCCUCCUGGAAGAUGCCUUCACCAUGGGAGAGCACAUCCAGGCAUGAAGCAAUCUAUGCAGUGGCUACAAAGGUCACAUAGUCAGCAACUGUCAUGAUCUCUUCAAUUACUACCAGAUCUCCCAAACGAGCCCAAGUGACUGUCCCCAUGGCAUAAUGGGCUCUCCACCUGGUGCCAUUCACCUAGAUAUAGCAUAUCUGGAUGUGGCAACUGACCUGGUGUAACAGGAAAUGUCAUCCAUCCUGACAGUUGACAUUUGCGUUGACCUUCAUUGUAGCCUCAAUGAUCCCUGCAGUUGCAAUUGAACAUUUUGGUGGAUUGGUAUGGAAACACACAGUUACCAUAUGUUGUGGAGCCCUAUGUUCAACGAUGUACAUUGAAUUGUGGGUUCAAACCAUGCAUGGUUGCUCAAGCAUUGUUUUCCAUAAUUAGAUAUGCCACAUGUCCAGCUUCACAGAGCAGGCAAGCCUCUGACCUCCAUGAUUUGUGAUGGAUAGGUGUAUUACAUGUUUUCAUAAGGUUAUCGAUUUAUCACCUUUCAGCCACUUUCCACAGACGUUCACAACAGUAGCAUAGAUCCAGCCUUCCAGCUUCACCACUUUUAAGGUUCUAGUUCCCAACUGCAAUGGCACUGUAACCUGCCCUUUGCUAAAGUCACUUAUGUCAUUGGGUUUACAUGUUCAUGACCCAUGUAAUUGGUAGAACAAUUCCUUGUUAAUUUCUGGUCUGCUUAUAUACUUGUAAUCUGCUUAUUGCAUCAUGUAUGUACAACAUAUGGCAUUCAUUCUCCUCACGGGGAGUAUUCAUGACAUUUUUGCUCAUCAGUGCAUCUUCACAUAAAUGGGUCAGAUGCUAAAAUGUGUAAUCUAAUAAAUUCAUUGUUCUUGGCUGCCAUUUACACCAGUGCACAAUAGCUAUAUUUUUUGCAAAUUUUGUUUCACAAAGCUCUGUACAUGAUUGAGAGAUGAUGUAGAUACGUGUUAUGCACUAAAGCUCUUAAUUAUUUUUUCAGUUUGUAAUACCAUGUAAGUUCUACACAAAAUGAAAUAGGUAUACAAACAUUAGGUCUUAGGAUUUGAUUCCAGUUAUUCGUAUACACAAGAACAACACUUGGGAGAGCUCGGAACAUGAGUACUAAAUAUUUCCUGCAUUUUAUUCAAAGAUGUUUCCAUUGUGGUUAGUUUCCUUAAUGUGUGUAAAUAAACAUGACGUUUUUGGAAAUCUG